AUGGGUCGUCUCAAGCUACGGAAUCCCUUCCGAAAGAGGCGCUCCGAACAACAGCCUCCAGAAGAAACCACAGAUUCAUCAAACACUCCAGCAGAAGUAUCGUCCAGUGCUCUUUCUAAUAUCCGUUCAACCCAACCAGUAUCUCAAACAAAUUCCCAAUCAGAUGCCUUGCCAGCAGAUGAUGGUCAGGUUGCAUCAAGCUCUAAUACUAUCCUGCCUCACCUCGAUCGGAAGGCUGAGAAACGGAAUCUCUGGCAAGAAGCAUAUAAAUCAUUGGAUGAGAAGCAGCGCCAGAAUAUAAACCCGGUGGAAGUGCACAAACAGAGCAGCGACAAUCACGAUGUCGAUGCAAACCCUGUACGCAAAGCAUUAGAUGAUGUGAUUCAAACCGUCAAAGCACAAUACGAAAUGAGAAUGUCGAAAAGGGGAGACUCACAACUUCGGGAUGCUGCAAGCAAAAUUUUGACAGCCACGUUGAGCUGCAAGGAUAUUAUCAGUGCAAUCGUGGCAUUCGACCCCACUGGUCACGCGUCAAGUGCGUGGACAGUCGUCUCUCUGGGAUUGACGAUGACACAGAAUUAUCGUGAUCAACAAAUGGCUUGGUUUCAGUCAUCUGCCAUCUUGACUGACAUCCUAGCUCGGUAUGCCUUUGUAGAGAAGCUUUACCGCGACGAGAGGUCUGAGAUGAAUGAAAAGAUUGAGGAUGCCAUCGUGAGAGUCUAUCUCGCUGUUCUAAAAUAUGCAGCGGAGGCAAUGAACAUUUAUCGUUCCAAUCCAGGAAAGAGACUAAUGCAGAGUGUGGUGGACCUGGAAAACCUGCCCCUGACAGAAAUUCAGUCCACGAUUGACACAGAGGAAACGCACCUGGAGAAGUGGUUACAUAUGUAUCAAGAAAUGCAGCGGAAACAAGAAGCAGAUAAUAUUCUGCUUGGAGUUGAUCGGAUCCUUGACGGUAUCCGGGGUAUUGACCAGAAGAUCGAACUCGCCAAGCUGCCGAUAGCUGAAGGUGCUAAUUUUGAUUCCGAUAUGGAUGAGGCCCACGAAUGUCUGGAAGGUACAAGAGUUGAGCUUCUUGAUGAGAUCAUGGAUUGGGUCGAUGAUCCUCAGGGGAAGACUAUCUUUUGGUUGAGUGGUGUAGCCGGAACUGGUAAAUCAACAAUCUCCCGGACAGUGGCGCGAAAGCUGCAAGAGAGGGAGCUUCUAGGGGCAAGCUUCUUUUUCAAAAGAGGGGAGGGUGAUCGUGGGAAAGCCUUGCGGUUCAUCACCACUAUCGCAAUGCAAUUCAUGAUCGCCCUUCGCCAAUUGAGGACAAAGAUUGCCACUGUCAUUGACAAUGACUUGACGAUAAUCUCCAAGUCAGUUAAGGAACAAUUUGAUCAUCUGUUGUUAAGGCCACUUUUGAGUAUGGAAUUGAGCAAUGGACAGCGCCUAUCAUUUGUCGUUGUAGUCGAUGCCCUAGAUGAGUGUGAGGAGCGAAGCAUUGAGACGAUCAUUCGACUUCUUCCUCGGGUGCAAGAAUCGAAAACCAUACAAGUGAAGGUUUUCAUCACCAGCCGACCCGAGCACCCAAUCUUUGAGGGCUUUCGGCAGAUAGAGGGCGAGCACAAAGAUGUCGUUCUCCAUGAAAUUGAACGUCGUACAAUUGAGCGCGAUAUGGACAUUUUCUUUAAGGACCGAUUAUCGAUUAUUCGAAAGAAGCGAAAUCUAAGCGAUCAAUGGCCUGGAGAAUCCAGGACUCGGGCUCUGAUAGACAUGGCAAUGCCGCUAUUCAUCUUCGGCGCGACUGUCUGUCUCUUGUUAGAGGAUUACCGAUGGGAUCCAGACGACACCUUGAACGACAUAUUGAAACGACAAUACAACAACUCUAAUUUGGAUAAGACUUACUUGCCUGUCCUAGACAAACUCCUCGAAGGACAGGAUAGACGAGCUCAGAAUGAAUUGGUCAAGCAAUUCCGACAGGUUGUUGGGACAAUCGCUGCUCUCGAAAGCCCACUUUCCAUUGCUUCGCUUUCAAAGCUGAUCAAUAUGAAAGAGAGCUUAAUUCUCAUCAGACUAGACUCACUUCAUUCAGUCCUGAACAUUCCAAAGGACAACAACAAACCAGUCAAAAUGUUUCAUAUUUCUUUCCGUGAAUUCCUAACUCAUCCAGAGACAAAAGAGAAAACAAAAUUCUCAGUGGACGGGCAGUCAACGCAUCGCGAUUUGGCUCAUAAGUGCAUUGCAGUCAUGAUGGAUUCUGAACGUGGACUGCGGAAGAACAUCUGUGACCUGCGCAGUUAUGGAACAUCUAAAGAUGAUAUUACCACGGAGUAUAUUGAAGGGUGUUUUCCAGCAGAGCUUCGCUACUCUACCCGAUAUUGGGUUCAUCAUAUUUAUCAGGGAGCUUCGAUUCUUUCUGAUCACGACGAAAUACAUGAAUUUCUCAAAAAGCAUUUUCUUCACUGGCUGGAAGCAAUGAGUAUCUUAGGGCAUCUGCCAGAAGCAAUAAGCAGUGUCAAAAUGUUACUCUCGAUUGUACAGACGUCACAUUCAGAUCAAAUAUUCAAAUUUCUGUACGAUGCAAAACGAUUUAUUCUAAAGAAUAUCCAGAUCGCCGAAGAAUUUCCGCUGCAGCUGUAUUCCUCUGCACUGGUUUUUGCACCAGAAAAGUGUACGAUCAAAGACACAUUCUUUCGCUGUGUCCAACAAUGCUUCUCUCAACUACCCAGAGUGUCUGAGUACUGGGGUGCUGAAUUACAAACACUCGAACUCGGAACUGGAUUUGUAUAUUUCUUGGAGUUUUCUCCUGAUGGACAGAUGCUCCUUAUAGACAAUGAUAGUUUAAGGCUGUGGGAAACCAGUACUGGUGACUCGCGGAAUACGCUUGAAGGCCCUUUUGACCGCGACGUUGGUAAGUGGACCUUUUCACCAGAUGUAAAAUUAGUGGCUUGGUCAUCCUGGCACAGCGGCACAAUACUAUUGUGGGACUCUCUUUCUGGUACUUUGAGACAUACCCUGAAAGAAGAACAUGGUGUUAUUGCGAUAGUGUUCUUAUCAAAUGAGCAAUUGGUUUCGGCAUCCCUUGACGGAAAAUUGACAACUUGGAGCACAAUAUCCGGAGAGCUACAGCAAAGUGUACGCUUGGAGUAUGAAGAAGAAGAGAUUUCCUCUGAACUUCUUUUGGCCGAGCUCUCGCGCGACGGUGGUUUACUGGUCCGCGCAAUGGAGAAUGGCACAAUAGAGCUCUGGGAUACUGUCAAUGCCGAACUACGACAUACACUCAAAAGCCACGGCGGAAUGAUUAAAUCAAUAGCAGUCUCACCAGAUGGGAUAUUCCUAGCCUCCGGGUCAGUGAAUGGCACUUUGGAGCUUUGGGAUAUUUGUAAAGGAACCGUACACCAUACUCUGCGCUGCCAUGCCAAUGAUUGCUGUAUUAAUGCUGUGGGAUUUUCUAAUGAUGGAAGAUCGCUGGCUUUGGGUUGUGAGGAAGAGCUGACCAUCUGGGACAUAUGCCACAGUCCAAUAUUAUCCACCUUUACUAGCCGCAAAACGAGGGUUGAACUAGUCAGAUUCUCACCAGACAACAAGAUUGUGGCUUCCGCAACUGAUUAUCAGGUGACACUCUGGGAUAUCACUCGCAGUGAAAUUCAGCAUGCCCCACGAGGGCAUACAAAGCCAGUAACUACAGUACAACCUUCGCCAACCGGAGCGUUUCUGGCUAGUAGCUCCAGGGACAACACCGUGAGACUCUGGGACAUUUCCACGGGCACGGUGCAACUCGUACUACAAAGUCACUCAGAUGCAGAUUUGAGAAUCUCCAUCUCCCCAAAGGGCCACCUGUUAGCUGUGUCCUCGAUGGACGGACUUAUUAAGAUAUGGGACGUAUCAAAUGGGACCUUGCAGCAUAACUUAUCGUCGAACUGUUCUGGUAUCACGAACUGCAUGUUGUUCUCACCGGAUGAGAACUUGCUUUUGGUUAUUUGGGAUCACAGAAUGUGCUUAUGGGAUGCGGUUACGGGCACAUGCAAGUGGACCGUGGAGCCGAAGAGACAGGGCUCGUCCAUAUCUGAUGUGACAGAUUCCCCAAACUGUCUAACAUCUUUCGAAUAUGUUUAUACAGUAGCUUUCUCAUCAUCCGGAAACCUCCUGGCUACCGGUCAUAUGCUUGAUAACACGGUGAGGCUGUGGGAUACGGAGACAGGAAUGAAGGAACAUAUCUUUACCGAUUGCUCUACAAAUCAAUUACAGUUCUCGCCUGAUAGCAAGCUGUUGGCGGCGGUAUCUGUUGACACCGGAGUCCAAGUGUGGAAUGUUUCCGAUGGCAAUUUGCGGCAGACCUUGGAGGAAGAGGAUGGGCCAUUAUGGCUUGAAAGAGCCAGGAAGAGCGACGGAUAUUCGUGGCUUUUCGACACCAACAUGAAUGAAUACAGAAUUCAUCCAAAGGCCCAAGGCAACAUUAUAUCGGUGACUGAUGAUUGGAUAGGCAUCGGAAAAGAUAGGCUCUUAUGGAUUCCACCUGAAUAUCGGGGAUAUUGGGACGCAAAAGAAGUUAUUGGGAAUACGGUUGUUUUGGGACUGUUGACAGGUGAUGUAAUUUUUAUAGGCAUUUGCCCCGAGAAGGUUAGAGAGGCUUGGAGCUAA